AAAACUCUCAUUCUCUCGCAGAAUUACACCACUGUAGCCACAACAGUAUUUGCUUAUGGCCAAGGAAAAAGAUAAGAGAUUUAAGCGAAAGGGCAAGAAGAUCGGCCCACGAAAUGCUGAAAUGAAAAAGGUGCAUACCAAGGUGCAUAUUGUACCUGCUCCUUCUGCCCCUCCUACAAAUGCUGCUGAGGCUACUCCUAAUGACCCUCAGAGCAAAAGCGAUGUAGGUGCCUCACAAGGUCAAGAGAAGCAAGGGGAAAAGGCAAAGCAUGUUGCUGGUUUUAUAUUCAUGUGUAACCGAAGUACAAAGUCAGAUUGUUAUCAAUACCGUGUCUUUGGACUUCCUUCGGGGAAAAAGGAAGUGGUGGAGGAGAUAAAGCCUGGCGCAAAGCUAUUUCUGUUCGAUUUGGGGUCAAAGCUUCUAUAUGGCAUAUAUGAGGCAACUUCUGCAGGGAAGCUGAACCUGGAACCUGCUGCUUUUAAUGGGAAAUUUCCUGCUCAGGUAAAGUUUAAAAUUUUCAAGGAAUGUAUUCCCCUGCCAGAGAGUUCUCUCAAGCAUGUCAUAAAGGAGAACUAUACAGGCUUAAAGUUCAAGCAAGAACUCAGUGGAAAGCAAGUAAAAAAGCUGCUAGCAGCAUUUCGUCCUCUUACAGCUUCAUCAUCUCGACCUGCACCCCGACCUCUGGCAAAUGUAUCAUUUGCACGGCCAGUGCCACCCGCAGCAACAGAAAAUCAGUUUCAGCAUACAGGAAGGCGGCUGACAAACGAGGGUCCCUAUUUAGCUGAGAUGCAAUACAGCCGCAUUCCACCGAUAUUCGAGCCUCGCUCUGCUCCACAAUUGAACAUUUUGCAGCAUGGGUACCAUAGAGCAGGAGCGUACAUGGAUCCUGCAAAUCCAACUUUGGAUCAUCGAAGUUUGCCAGGAACAAAUACUCAUCAUGUUGCCAAUCCUCAACGACCAUCUGUCACUAAUACUGUUGUCCAUGGGAUGCAGGAGCCAACCUAUUCAAGGUACAGGACUGUAGAAGAGCGGGCUCCUGUUCAAAUCACUAGUCUGGAAAGGCGGUUCAGGACCGCAGAAGGGAGGGCUCCUCAUGACCAAGUGACCAUAGUGGAGAGGCAGUACCGUGAAUUCCCUUUACGGAGAGAAGGACCAUAUCAAGAAAAUAUAGCUGCAUACAACCCCAACUGUAACCUGGCUGCUCCAAUCCAGUAUACCUCAUCAGUUACGCAGCCGCAGCCACAAGUUCCUGCUCCGUACCAUCACUUGCAUUUACAGAGAGGCACGCAAUAUCAAGACCGUGGCGUUGCAUACAACUCCAACCCUGCAGCUCCGACUCAGUAUACUGCAUCAGUUUCGCAGCCACAACUCCAGGCUACUUAUCAUCAAUUACCUUUACCAAGUCUAUACCGAGAUAAUGUGGCUCCAUACAACUCCUACCCUGCAGCUCCCGCUCACAAUAUUCCAUCAGUUGCGCAACAGCCACAGGCCCUCGCUCCUCGAAUGUCCCAAGGGAGUGCUCCCGUCUCAUCCUAUUAUCAAUAUGCCAUGGCGAAUCGACAAAACCGUUGAUCAAUCGCAACUUGAGGACGGAGUUGAACAUGAUGCAACCAACACUGGCAUUGAUGAGUUUCCUUGAGCACAUGUUGACUCUGCUCAUUUUGCUGGUUUCCUUCAAGAAAAUGACUAAGAUAAUAUAUUUCCAGUACAAUUCAAACCACAUGUUGGUGUAAUUAUCUGUUAAUGUUUCUCAUUUAAACUACAUUUGGUGUAAUUAUCUGUUCAUGUUGCUAAUUUAAACUACAUUUGGUGUAAUUAUCUGUUCAUGUUGCUAAUUUAAACUACAUUUGGUGUAAUUAUCUG